UAAUCCGCUGCGCUGCUCAUAAAAAGCAAUCGUUGGAGAAGCAAAAGCGCACGGCACGAGGGACGCCGAUCCUCCGUGUCCGUUGGCUCAACUCGACCAAACAACCGCCUUUUUUUUUAGUCUCCACUCUCUCCACUCCCCCCAUCCAUUGCCCCCCGUUUCUCUCUCUGAUCGGCAGAAAAGUGGACGCUCCGGCGCCUGGGCGAGCGCCAUGGUGAGGUCUCUCGACAGCUACUCCUCCAUCAAAGAUGUCACCUACAGCUGCGGAUACUGCGGCUAUGCGCUGAACCUGAGCUCGUCGACGCGGAACACGGCGAACAUCGGGUCCAAGUACGGGAAGCAGAUCAAGAAGGGAGUCGUCUCCUUCUUCGCGGUCGACGAGAGCCGGUUCACGCAGGCCGACGAGGUGACCUGCGUGCCCUACUUCCACUCGCGGCGCUCCUGGGGACUCUUCCGGCGGAGGUCGCGGCUGCUGUGUCGGAAGUGCGGCGGCCGCAUCGGCAGCGCCUACGAGGAGGACGACCCCGCCGCGCUGUCCGCGUGCGACGCCGACGGCGGCCCGGAUGACCUGCGCACGACUAGCUCCGGGAGCAGCGGCGGCGGCAGCACCAUCAGCAGCAGCGCGUCUAGCCGGAGGAACUACGUGAUCAAGAUCAACGCGCUGCAACCCUCGUCGGACGAUUCUGAUGCUGUCGCCUUCACCCUAUGACGAUUCAGCUGUAGCCUGCCAUUCUUCCUGCUGCCUGGUUGGAUUUGCUGCAGCCUGGAAUUUGUGUGGGGGAGUUCAGAAAGGGAGAAGUUGCAGCUAACGCAAAGGAUCGCCAUGGCAAUGAGCUUUUGGAAGGGCUAACACCAUCAUGGUCUUGAGUCACCUUUGCUGUCUGUAGUAGGCUAGUUGUGCCUCUUUUUUUUUUUUCUUUUCAUUUCUUCUGUGAAUUGGAGGGAGUAUACACUGGUUGUUGAAUUUUGGAUAUGUUAAUAUUAAAAUGGACAAAGUUUGCUGUAAGUGGCUUGGCUGGUUUGAGUUUGUAGUAUCUCAUGAGGUUCAUAGAGGUUGCAAUUUUGAGUCAUCCUGCUGUACCUGAAUGCCUUCUGUGCUUGAGUAGUUCUCUACAUGGGUUCUUCAUUCCUCUUCUAAGAAAGCAUGGGUUGGUGCAUUUGUGUCAGUUACUGAAUAUAAAUUAUCUAUUGAUUUUAAAGUUG